AUGGGCGGCAGGGAAAAAGCCCGUAACUCCGCAGUGGCGCCAAUCUUCAGGCAGAAGCCGGAGCAAGCCCGGGCGCCAUCUUCAGAGGCCCCCCUGACAGAUUCGGACUCUGAAAUGAGCAGUCAGGUUCACUCGGAGCGCACGGAGGCUCCCCUCACCAGGAGCGACAUGAGGGGUUUCCUGGCCGACUUCAAACAAUCUGUGGCCGACGAACUAGAAAAACGGCUGUGCCUCAUACUAGAAAACAUGGCGGACCUCUCCGCUCGAGCGCAGGCCGCGGAAGACAAAAUGGCGGCCACUGAAGAAACGGUACUAGCUCAUGGGAGCGAGCUACAAACUCUCCGUGACCAAUUGCGCUCACUUGAAGAUACAAAUGAGGACCUGAAUAAUAGAACACGUCAGAACAACAUCAGAGUGAGGGGCAUUCCGGAAUCCGUCUCCACGGACCUCCUAACCGAUACCCUCACAGAGGUCUUUAAAAACCUUCUCCCGGACGCUACACCUGCCGACCUCCUUAUGGACCGGGCUCAUAGAGCGUUACGAGCUCCCAGCACCAACAUGGCCACCCCCAGGGAUAUCAUCGUCCGAUUACACUUCUACCACAUCAAAGAGCGCAUAAUGAAAGCAGCCCGUGAUAGCCCUGUGGAGGUGGAGGGGGCUCUGGUCCAGCUGUUUCAGGACCUGGCACCAACCACCCUGAAACGCAGAAGAGACAUGCGCCCACUCACACAACACGUUACCCGACAUGGCCUCUGGUAUGCCUGGGGCCAUCCCUUCAAGAUCAUCAUCCGCAAAGACAGCAGGUUCUACUCCCUCAUGAAGCCAGAAGACCAGCUCCUGGACCAGCUGGACCUACCGCAGAUACCCACUACAGCGCACCCCAGCACCGACCAGGCUCCACAACGACCGCCAAGCAACAAUUUACCCACCAGGACCGGUGACCGCUUGCACCAGAACGCGACACCCCUUCAGCAGGAUGCCACACCGCACUAA